UAAAUAAAUAACAACAUACGAGAAAUUUAUUGAAUUGGUACACCUGCGCAAGUGUUUUCGCCGUCACCUUAUGCAUGCAUAUGACACUAAUGACACAAAGUACGAUAGUUCAACACAACGUUGUGAACGUGUUUGCUCGAGUUCUUCAUAGCUAUAUCUCGGAAAGUUAAAGCGCGCAAAUUAUUUUGAUAUUUCUCAAUCUUUCGACAUUUGCAAAAAAGACGUAUUCAAACUUCAGUGAAAUUUAAAUUUCUCAUUUGAUCGUUUGGAAAAUUAUAAAUAAAUUAUAAAAUUAUAAAUAAAGAGAAAUAGUAAGAAGAGAGAAAGAAAUAAUUGGUGAAAUUUAACUAGCUUUCUUUAUUAAAAAGUUUAGUUCCUUUUAUCAGCUGUUCAUAUAAUGAACGCAAUAACCAAUCAGGAUCAGAUUCAUAUGACAACGCCAGAAUUAAUUGUACUCCAUGGUUAUAAAUCAGAAACACAUGACAUUUGGACAGAAGAUGGAUAUUGCCUUGAGGUACAUAGAGUACUAUCAAAAUCUUGUCAAAAUUCUGAUUGCAACAUAAAUGAGAAUAAUGUACAAGUUAAUGAAAGCCAUGAAGUCACAUCAAAAGAAAAAGUACCAGUUCUCAUUCAUCAUGGACUUCUAUCAAGUUCAGCUGAUUGGGUGUUAUUGGGCCCUAAAAAGGCUUUAGCAUAUCUUUUAUGCGACAAUAAUUAUGAUGUUUGGCUAGGAAAUGCAAGAGGAAAUGCAUAUUCUAUAAAACAUAAACAGUAUACAACUAAAGACAAGGAAUUUUGGGAUUUCAGCUGGCAUGAAGUUGGUUAUUAUGAUUUACCAGCAACAAUAGAUUAUAUUUUAGAAUAUACUGGACAUGCAGAACUCUAUUAUGUGGGUUAUAGUCAAGGCACAACUGCAUUUUAUGUAAUGGCUAGUGAAAAAUCUGAAUAUAAUCAAAAAAUCAAAGGAAUGGUCAGUUUAGCACCAAUAGCAUUUCUCUCAAAUCAUAGAAGUCCUUUAAUAAAAUUUGUUGUUCAUUUUCAUGGAUUGUUGGAGUGGGGAUCCUCUUAUUGCAAUGUACGUCAGUGGUUCCCCCGCAAUAGGUUGCAAGCGCGAGCUUUGGGUACAUUAAUUCGAAAUGCUCCAGGUAGUUUCACCAAAGGAUUUUGUGUAUGCUGGUUUUCACUAAUUGCUGGAUUGGGUAGUGAUCAGUUAGACAAAUCUAUGCUACCAUUAAUUUUGGGACAUUUUCCAGCUGGUUCUUCUGCAAAACAGAUUAUUCAUUAUGGCCAAAAUGUGCUAUCAAGUUCAUUUCGCAAAUUUGAUUAUGGACCAACAAAAAAUCUGAAAAUUUAUGGAUCAACACAACCGCCAAAAUACGAUCUUGAAAAAAUAAAAACACCAAUUGCAAUAUUUUACAGUGAAAAUGAUUUUCUUACUGAUCCUACAGAUAUAACAAAGCUUACUGAUAGAUUGCCAAAUGUUACAGAAAUAAGAAAGAUUGAAUAUUUAAAAUUCAAUCAUGUUGAUUAUAUGUGGGGUAGAGAUGCCAGAAUGCUUCUCUAUAAUGCUGUUUUAACAGUUUUAAAAAAAUUUAGAUAAAAUUAAAGUCUUACUGAGCUUAUUA